AUGCGGCGUUGGACUCCCCUGAAAUGCUGUCUUUUGCAGCUGGCGCUGUGGGCGUUGAUUACGCUGUCCACGUGUGCGCCGUCGAAUAUCACCGCCGUGGCUGAUUCCGCUCCGGAUACUGGUGAUUCUGGUGAUGCUGGUGCUGGUGCUGAUGUCGAUGGCCUGCAGAGUCGUGAUGUCAAACCUUUUAUCCUCCGUAUUAUGCCUCUCGGAGCUUCCAUCACGGUAGGAUACAAGUCCAGCGACGGCAAUGGCUAUCGCAAAUGGCUGCGACAGCAGCUGCGCUAUUCCGGAUGGCAGGUCGAUAUGGUCGGCAGCUUGUCCAACGGGUCGAUGCAUGAUAAUAACAACGAAGGCCACUACGGCUACGAAAUCAACCAUGUCGCCAAAGAAGCCGAAAAGACCAUCCCGCAACAACCAAACCUCAUCCUCAUCAACGCCGGAACCAACGACGGCAUCUUGAAAUACCAAACCGCCUCUGCCGGGAAACGCAUGGAUAAACUCAUCACCCGCUUGUUCGACGCCAUCCCAGGAACCACCAUCAUCCUAUCCACUCUCCUGCCCAACACGAGGCAGUCCAAACGCAUCGAGCAGAUCAACACGCAAUUCCGGAAGAUCGUCGCCACCCGCCGCGCAAAUGACGAGCGGAUCGUCCUGGCUGAAAUGAGCGAUUUCAUUCGCAAGGAUGAGCUGGUGGACGGUACGCACCCGACAGACUACGGGUACAAGAAGAUGGCCUCGGUCUGGUGGGCCGCCAUCCAAGAGGCCGAGGCGGACGAGUUAUUGCAGCAGCCGAAGGCUACGGCGAGAGGGCAUAAUAAGGCUCUGGAGAAGGAGGUGGAUGAUGGCGGCGGCGAUCCGCAUUUGCCGGAGUACGAUGCCCCCGAUCAGCCUGGGUCUGAGGCAGUCGUGGUGCAGCCGGCUCUGCUGAAGAUCGGAGUGCAGGUGGUUUUGGGUAUGUUUCCUGUUUGA